AUGGAAGAUGAAACUCGACGAAAAGUUGAAGACAUGGUGUUGGAUAUUCUUAAAAAAUCCAACAUUGAAGAAACCACUGAGUUCACUGUCCGAGUCGCCGCUUCCGAACGACUCGGUAUCGACCUUUCCGACUCACUCAGCAAACUAUUUGUCAGAAACAUCAUCGAGUCUUACCUUAUCUCCAUCGCCACCGACGACAAACCGGAGGAACCGCCACAAGUUUCCACUGAGGCAGUGAAUGAACCGCCACAAGAGCUCAAUAAGGUGGUGGGAGUGAAACGCAAAAACGACGAUUCCGAACACGUUAUUUGUCAGCUAUCAAACAAGAGGAAUGUGACUGUUGGAGAUUUCAAAGGGAUGACAUUGGUGUCAAUUAGGGAGUUCUAUCUAAAAGAUGGAAAACAACAGCCCACUACUAAAGGGAUAAGUUUACCUUCUGAACAAUGGUCAAACUUCAAGAAUAGCGUUCCUGCCAUCGAGGAAGCUAUCACAAAGUUGGAAGGAAGGAUAAGAUCAGGGUAUAAUGGCCCGAAAAAUGGAGAAGUUUCAAGUUCAGUUGCUGAUGUGCCUGUUGAGCCUGUCCCUAUUGAGCCUGUCCCUGUUGAGCCUGUCCCUAUUGAGCCUGUCCCUGUUGAGCCUGUCUCUAUUGAGCAUGUGCCCAUUGAGAUCGUCCCUAUUGAGAUCGUCCGUUUUGAUGGGAAGAAUUACCAAGUUUGGGCUGAACAGAUAAAAUUACUCUUGAAACAGUUAAAGAUUAAUUAUGUGCUUACCGAGCCAUGCCCAAAUGCUACGUUAGGGGAAAACAAUGCUAGUGCUGGAGAAAUUUCUAAAACCAAAGCUGCUGAAAAGAGAUGGGUAAAUGAUGAUUUAAUGUGUUGCCACAACAUCUUGGUCCAUUUAUCUGAUAGUCUAUACAACAAGUAUGCAAAUAGAAAAAUGAGUGCUAAGGAGUUAUGGGAAGAGUUGAGAUAUGUUUAUCUGAUCGAGGAAUAUGGAACCAAGAGAUCUCAGGUGAAAAAGUAUAUUGAGUUUCAAAUGGUUGAUGAAAAAGCAGUUACUGAUCAAAUUCAAGAACUUAAUUGCAUUGCAGACUCUAUUGCUGCUGCUGGAAUGCAUAUAGAGGAGAACUUUCAUGUCAGUGUCAUCAUUUCAAAGCUUCCACUAUCAUGGAAAGACUUCUGCAUCAAGUUAAUGCGCGAGGAGCAUCUACCUUUCUGGAUGUUAAUGGAGUGCAUAACAAUAGAGGAAGAAUCUCGCAAUGGAGUCAAACAAGUUGGUGAACCUCCUUCUGAUAAUGUAAGAUUUCACCAUGCCAAUAAAGGAGGAAUCAAGGGGGCUGACAUUAAGCCGCCGCCAGGUUUUCCAAGGAAGUUUGAAGCUAAUGGCAAGAACAAAACCUGUUAUAUUUGUGGUCAAAAGGGGCAUAUUUCUAAAAUCUGUCGGAGAAGGCUGUAA